GAGAACUCGAACCUUAUUACGAUGGGAUACAAAGUCGUAAAAGAUACGCAAAAUUUUGGAAAGGAGUCGAAUAUGAUCCCGAACUUAUUAAAUUUCAAAGUUCUGACACCUCAAGGGCUGGUGCGUCAGCAAUGGCAUUUGCUGAAGGAUUGUUCAAUGGCAAGGGGCCUUUGGACACUUGUAAAAGUCAACCAGUGUACAUUUCGUCUUUUCCGCGAGAUCAAGAUUAUGUGUUACAGCCGCAAAUUGCCUGUCCACGUUGGAAUCGAACCGUAUUCAAUAAUCCAUAUCUCCUCGAGCAAAUGAAUAUUUACGGCAACAAGACUUUGGCACCAAUUGCCGAGCGUAUUUCCAAAGAAUACAACAUUAGUUCAUCAAUUGACCCACAAUUAAUACCAUAUAUUUUUACUUACUGUCAGUUUUGGGUCGUUCAUUUUAAUCGAACUGAUACGUGGUGUUCAUUACUCAGCCCUAAAGAACUUCUAUCAUUACGAUAUUAUUGGGAUAUUCUCCACUAUCAUCGUCUUCAAUAUGGUCAUCCUUUUAACAAGCGUAUGGGUUGUGUUUAUCUUACUCAACUUGUAACUGGAGUUGAUGAUUUUUUAAAUGGGAAGUCUUAUAUGAUUGCUGAUCUAAAGAAUGGUCAUAGUUAUUCAUUACUUGGGCUGUUCACUUCAUUG